AUGUUACAAUCAUUGCAUCGAGCGUGUGCAGAAAAAGAUUAUAAAUCAGUGAGAAAACUUUUAGAAGAAAAAAGAAUAGAAAACAUCAAUAGUGUUGAUUUACAUGAGAAUACUGCUCUACAUGUGGCAUGUCAAGUUGAAGAUCUUGAUACUGUAAAACUUCUUCUGGAACACAAUGCAGAUGUGAAUGCAAAAAAUAAUCAAGGUCAAACUCCUCUCUAUAUGGUAUUGGGUGUCAAUUGUUUCUACCAUGGAAGUGUAAAUUUGAAGAUAAUUAAAACUCUACUGGAGCACAAUGCUGAUCCCAACAAUGUUGAUAACAAUGGCAAGACUCCAAUGGCAAUUGCUUGUGAAAGUGAUGAUUUAACAGUUGUAAAAAUUUUAUUGGAGCAUGAUGUUGAUAUGAAUUGGACUGAUCUCCAAGGAAGAACACUUCUUCAUUUAACAACAAUACUAUAUGCAUCGCAUAUAUUUGAAUAUUUAUUGUCUCAAGGUGCUGACAUCAACUGUAAAUGUGAUUUUGGUAAAACUGUGCUUGAUUAUUUACGCGACAUGGUGUUUGCUGAUGGAUUCAUCAACGGUCAAGGUGAAGAGGUGCACCGAUAUCAGAUUUAUUAUUGCAUCAGAAUAUAUGAACGAGCGAAAAUUCAGAUAAUUAAAUUAAAAUGUGCUGGACUUUAUGUCAGUCAACAUAAUGUUGAUUUAAUUUAUUCAGACUUGGAAUUCCAAGAUGUGAUAAAGAAACUUGAAAAUACAUUUUCACUGCAGAGUGACGAUAUAGCGACACUUGAAUAUCAAUGUAAGAAAGAAAUAGAUAUGUUGAAGCGUAUUAAUGUUUGUUGCAUGACACUCUAUCAUAUUUUAGCUAAUGAUAUCAAUAAAACUAGCAGUCUAGCUAGGAAUAAAAGUAAAUGUCAAGAGAUUAUGAGAAUUUUAGAGUUGAAUUUGAUCAAAGUUGUUUUUCCGAUAUACAUUGAUUUGAUAAAAAGUAGAGUCAAAGAAGCGAUGAGAAGGAAUGAAUUAUUGGAUGUUAUUGAGAAUUAUAAUGUCUCAAAAAUUUUUCAAGGUUUACCUUUGAUAUGUAUUCGAGAAAUAUUCAGUUACUGUAGUACAACCGAUAUUAAAAAAUUUCAGAAAGCAAUUGAGAGGAUGAAAAUGAUAUAA